UGGGGUGCUUGCUUCAUCCAAUUCCAGCGUGUAAGACUUCCUUUUGUAUCUACCACUGAAGCAAUGAUGGACCACAACAAACAAUCCAAACCCAAAGGCCAAAGCAGUGUGUGUGUGUGUGUGUUACACACACCAACUCCUCCGCAAAACUCAGCAGCCAAGAGUGGCCAACCAUUGCCGAUAACAAAAUACCCCACCUCCCCUUCUGCCCAAAAUCCCUCCCGCCACGUGUCGCCCCAAUCUCCCGUCCUCAACAACCCCUUCCAAAUUCUUGCUUAUUUCUCCAAAACCCAAACCAAGGAGGGAAAAAUCAACUGUUUUCCCCUUUUCCUUUUCAAGAAUUCUGACUGAUUGCCCAAAAAGGAAGAAUCUUGAAACAAAGAAAGAAGAUUAGUGUUGAAGAAUAUGGCGUCAGCAGCUGCUUCUUUGGGUUCUUCAGCUUUAAUUCAGUCAGUUUCUGGUGGGCUUACAGGUCAAAAGCUCUCUCUUGCAAUCCCCACUUCUCUCACUUCUACAAGGAGAAGAUCUAGAGCUGUAGUUAAGGCAACUGCUCGAGUUGAUAAGUUCUCCAAAAGCGACAUCAUUGUGUCUCCAUCAAUUCUUUCUGCUAAUUUCGCCAAAUUAGGAGAGCAGGUCAAAGCAGUGGAGGUGGCAGGUUGUGAUUGGAUUCACGUUGAUGUGAUGGACGGCCGGUUUGUGCCAAACAUUACAAUCGGCCCCCUCAUAGUAGAUGCUUUGCGCCCUGUCACUGAUCUCCCAUUGGAUGUGCAUUUGAUGAUUGUGGAGCCUGAGCAACGAGUCCCGGACUUCAUAAAGGCUGGAGCUGACAUAGUUAGUGUUCAUUGCGAACUAGCUUCAACCAUUCAUUUGCACCGUACAGUGAAUCAAAUUAAGAGCUUGGGCGCUAAAGCCGGAGUUGUCCUGAACCCCGGGACUCCAUUGAGUACCAUAGAGUAUGUUCUUGAUGUGGUUGAUUUGGUAUUGAUUAUGUCUGUAAAUCCCGGGUUUGGUGGGCAAAGCUUCAUAGAAAGCCAAGUAAAGAAAAUAGUGGAGUUGAGAAGAUUGUGCGCCGAGAAGGGAGUGAACCCAUGGAUUGAGGUAGAUGGUGGAGUUGGUCCGAGUAAUGCAUACAAGGUAAUUGAGGCCGGAGCCAAUGCAUUGGUUGCUGGCUCUGCUGUUUUCGGAGCUCCUGAUUAUGCUGAAGCUAUCAAAGGGAUCAAAACCAGCAAAAGGCCUGUAGCAGUUGCAGCAUAAACUUUGCAUUCCGGAUUUUUAUUUUAGAUGACAUGCGGAAGCAGUUGGAGGGUUGAGACAUUCAAAACCUUGUUACAGAACAAAAUAAGUGCAACAAGAAGAGCGAUCUACAACUGUCCUGGGAGUGUUGUUUGUAGUAUAACUUUCAUGGGAAUUUCAAUUCCUCAUAUUAUUUGGACUUAUAGAAAAACAUGCUACAACACCUACUGUGUUUUUUUCUUCACAAAAUGUAUAUGACGCCAUUGAUUAAAAAUGAGCUCUAGUGUUUCAUAAUCA